AUGUUCUCAUUUUAUGUUUUAAUCGAGGAGCAUCUUUGUAACAAGUUCAAUUAUGACAAGGUACAGGAUGCAAAUUCUGAAAUACUAAUAAAGCAUGUGCUUGAUUAUUUGGAUACUCUAUUUAAGAAAAGAAUAUUGCCAUUAUAAGAUAUAAGAAAUGGUUUGUUAGCUUUUUAAUUGACUGCAAAGGAAUAGGCUCUUGAAUACUUGCCAUUAAUUGAAAAUAUUGAACGAGUUUUCAAACCAGAUAUGUAGCUUAAUAAAGUUCAAUAUUAAAAUUAUGAGAGAUUUAUCAAUAUGAAUAACUUGCCUAAAAAGCAUACAAUCUAUCACCUUGAGGAAGUCUAGUUUUAAGACAACAGACCUUAAUCUUUAGUUCUUAAGACACUGGAUAACGAUCUCAAGGAUAAAGUAUUUAGAUAUGAGGGCUAAGUAAAUAAAGAAGGGAACUAGCAUACCUUUGGCGUACAUUAAUUCUAGAAGUCUGACCUAAAGGAAUCGCUUAUUAAAGCAAAUAGAAGUAUUUAUGAAAUCUAGCUCAGGAAGUAGGAACUAAUUGAUACAAUUGAGUAAGAAAAAACAAAAAAAAUGCUAAAGUAAUAGAAUUUGAAGCAAUCUCUACUUCUUGAACAGUCAGAGAAUUACAAAAUAUUUUAAAGGUAAGAGACCCCAAAACCUCUAACAUAGGAGGAAAUAAAAAAAUAAAAAGAGGAGGAAGAUGAUAAAAAAUUAAGAGAUUAAUAUGGUCUACUUUCCUAAGCCUAAAGAAUUAUGAUUAAGCUUUUGUAAAGAAAGGAUAUUGGAAAAGUUAUCAAGUCUCCUUAAAAGUAAGUCAAGAAGGUUGAGGUUUACUAUAAGGAGCCUGAGAAAGAUUGUCAGAUAUGUGAAAUGACAAGUAAUAUGUAGAAUAAUAAUGAACUUAGGUAAUCAAAGAGAAAUUUGAAAGAAUUCUUCCAAAGACCUUAAAGUAUAUAGAAAAGGAAUUUGAUUGAAGAACUUGACCAAUAGAAUACACUCAGAUUGAAGCUUAAGACUAUCAAGCCAGCUUCCUCAGUAUAAUCCUUUUAGAGUACACUUAGUACAUAAGAAUUCACUAAUAAAGCAUAAAGUAAAAAAAAGAGCGAGAAAAGCUUGUUUGCUGUAGAUAGACGGCUUAUGACAGAGGCACAGACUGAAAGAAUAAACACCUCUUUUACUAGAGAAUCUAACUUAACAAACACAUAAUCUGCUUAAAAAAUUGGAGUCCAUCCAUUUUCUCGAACUGUACUUCAACCAUACAAAUAGAUCAAGAUUAUCAAUAAAGACCUACUUAAGAAAUAAAAUAUAACCUCAUCUUAACACAAUUAGAGCAUAAUAAAGUCUGCUGGUGAUCUUAAUUAGCAUCAAAACUUCACCUUUAUGGGAAGAAAUAAUAAAUUCAUAGAGAAGAGGAAUUCUUAUAGUCACAAUUAAACUUAUAGAAAGAAAUUUCCAUUUGAUAAAAAGGUCUCAUUUUCAGGACCCUCGAUAGUUAAAAUAGUAUGA